ACGCCGGUAUGAAAUAGGGCGCACCAAGCCACAGCUGCAUAACUGCGCCGGGAUAUUAGUUCUUUCUGAUUAUGGUAUUCUUAUUUUCAGACAACGAUUAUCUGCCUUUAUUGAAGGAAAACUUUUCUAACAGUUUGAUACCGGCUGCUGGAGAAUCGUACAAAAAUGGUUCGAAUCUGCAGGGAUGUUUUCUGGAACGGGACAAGGGCGUGGUAUGUCGAGCAUCCAGAUUUUACGCAUUGCUUUGAACAGAUCGGCUUAAUCGGCAUACCGUGCCUGCUUUUAUGGCUGUGUAUACCGGUGGAGAUUUACAAGGUUAUAACGGAAAAUGCUCGACUGGGACGAUGGACGAAAAUGACAAUCGCCAAAAUGGGGAUGCUAAUUGUAGGGAUUGUGUAUUGUUCUGGUCAUCCUGAAGUUGAUGGAUCUCGGUUAUGCGGUCCAGAUUUCAGUGCAUUUUGGCAUGGAUGCACUGCCGGCAGUCAACAUUGUAUCGCCACUGAUGCAAGCGUUUACCUUCCUUUUGGCGAUGGUAUACAUCGAUCUUGACCGACGGAAGGGACAUAUUUCUAAUGCCAUUCUUUUUGUAUUCUGGCUAUUACUAUCCGUGGCCGGUGUCAUUAUUCUUCGAAGUAAAGUGCUGCGCGUGUCUGGGAAAGAACCGCAAAGUCCAGACGAUGUCUUCGGUCUGUUCACAUACGAAGUGUUCCUUCCCAUCGUCAUCAUCCAACUCAUUCUAUCGGCACUCGCCGAUAAUUACCCGGAAAGAUUUGAAAACUGGACCAAGAAUCCCUCCCCAGAACAAAGCGCUUCCUUCCUUAAUAAGGCAUUUUCUCACUGGAUUACAAAAAUAAUGAAGAUCGCGUGGAAACGGCAGUUGUUAAAAGAGGAUAUUUGGGAUUUACUACCAGAAGAUCGGACCGAGUAUCUGGUUAAUAGGCUGACCAAGGCGUGGCGCAAGCAAAUAACGUCACUGACCGGAGAUGAGAUGUACUACCUCGAUACUCAGUCGGAAGCCAGCAGUCACAUCGCCAACACCAACCGCCCUGGCGUCAACCGGAUCAGCCACUCGGGUGGUCGCACUAAGACACCGUCGCUGGUGUCCGCUCUCUACCAGACAUCCUGGCCACUCUUCUGGAAAUCGGCAUUCUUUAAGGUCAUUUACGAUGGCAUUAUGGUCGUCGUUCCGCUGCUAGUCGGUCAGAUUAUUCGAUUUGCUGCCACUCCAGCCGUUUGGUCUUGGAAAGGCUACGUGCUGGCUACCAUUUUAUUCCUGCUGGUGGCGGUGCAGAGUAUCGCAUUCGGGAUGAUGAAUUUUUCCACGAGCCGCUGCGGUAUGCGGAUUCGCUCGGCCCUGUCCGCUAUGAUCCAUCGAAAGGCGUUGUUUCUUGCUAACUCAUCCAAACGGCACUACCGUGUUGGGGACGUUUGCAACAUGUUAACGGCCGACACGCAGCGCAUCUCGGACUUCCUCUACUAUCACCACUAUGUCUGGAUUACGCCAGCGACCGCCCUGGUUAUGAUGUACUGCCUGUGGCAAUAUGUCGGUGUGGCUUCCUUGGCCGGGUUCUUCACUUUGAUCUUCAUCGUUCUAGUGAACUUUAUCCUUGUGGCUAGAGCAAAGAAAUUUGAAGCGUCCGCUGUGCAACAGAAAGAUGCCCGUGUACGCCGAAUCAAUGAGAUUUUCAACGGAAUUAAAGUUCUCAAGAUGUAUGCCUGGGAACCGCAGUUUCAGCAGCAGAUCAUUCAGGCUCGAGAAGAGCAGUUGGUUUCGCUGAAAAAAGCUGGCUACCUGACGACAAUCAACCAUGCGUUGAUGUUGGUGUCGUCACCGCUCGCGGCACUGACAACCUACGCUACAUAUGUCUACGUCUCCGGCGACCGAUUGACUCCUCAAACCGGUUUCGUAACGCUCCUGUUCCUGUUCAGUCUGAGACAUUCAUUGUACCUUCUGCCAAUUGGUACCACGCUGCUAAUUCAAGCAAAAAUAGCUUGCAAUCGUCUGCGGGAUUUCUUUCUUGCGCGCGAACUCGACCCAAACAGCAUGGAGCGCUUCCCGCGACCAAACAGUCCGCAAAGUUCGGUUGUUGUGAUUGUUGGGGGGAAUUUUUCGUGGAACAAUCGCAACGCUACGGAUCAGGCGCUAACGCUAAAAAACCUGAAUAUAGAUGUUAAAGACGGGCAACUGUUUGCCGUGGUCGGAGGUGUUGGCAGUGGAAAAUCAUCGCUUGUGGCUGCCUGCUUGGGCUUUAUGGAGCGCAUAUCCGGUCACGUGACCAUCCGGGGCUCUGUGGCCUACGUAACGCAGCAAGCCUGGAAUCAAAACAUGACCAUGCGGGAUAAUAUUCUCUUUGGCCGACCUUUCGAUGAAGAAAAGUAUGACAGAGUCCUGGAAUGCUGCGCGUUGAAGCCGGAUUUGGAUGUUCUGACGUCCGGUGAUGAAACGGAGAUUGGUGAAAAGGGCAUCAACCUUAGCGGUGGACAGAAACUGCGGGUGACGUUGGCGCGGGCCGUUUACGCUGACUGCGAUCUGUACUUCCUUGAUGAUCCUCUGAGCGCUGUAGAUGCACAUGUCGGUAAGCAUAUCUUUGAGAAUAUCAUCGGACCCCAAGGCAUUUUAAAGAACAAGACGCGAAUUUUCGUCACAAAUGCUAUUAACUGGUUACCGGAAUGCGACAGCAUUGCGUAUUUGGAGCAAGGGCGUAUUUCUGAAAUUGGAUCGUACGAGGAGCUUAUUGACCGCGAUGAGCGGUUUAGUGACUUCCUUCGCCAGUGUCAUAUCGAGAAAAGCCACGAAGAAGAAUCAGCUCACUCGCGUCAACAGGCCGGGAACAAGGGUAAUAUCCCAGAGGAAUCCAUGCAGAAGCCAUCGAAGAAAGAGAAACCACUGGAACGCCACGAAGAGCUCCGCCAGUUACGGAGAGCCGCGUCCGUGCACCCGCCUCCAGAUAUCAACAUCUCCCAGUCCAUGGAAGUCCGCCCGGUGCGGGCUAAACGCAAGCAGCUGACCAGCGAGGGCGGUAAACUGAUCCCCAAGGAAGAAUCUUCCACAGGCGGCAUUCCAUGGUCGACAUACUGGACUUUAAUUAAGGAGAUGACCAUUCCCAUGGCCAUUACGAUUUGCUUUGGGUAUGUGUCGGCCAACGCUUGCUUUCUCUUCUCCAACAUGUGGGUGGCCAAAUGGGCUCAGACGAAUACAACACACGAGGAUGGAUCAACGAACUGGGCUCAGACGAAAUUCGAGGUUGCGAUCUAUGCAUCUGUUGCCCUUUUGCAGCUGAUUUUUGCCAUGAUUGGACUAUAUGGUAUCGCGGCAGCUUUAAUUAACGCCGGGCGUUCGAUGCAUAAUGCCAUGUUGAUACGACUAAUGCAUGCACCGAUGUCAUAUUUCGAUACGACACCCUUGGGACGAAUUGUGAACCGCUUCAGCAAAGAUAUCGAUACCAUUGACACUGCAAUACCGAUGCAGCUGCGCUUUGUGAUGAAUGCCUUCUUCCAGGCAGUGGUGUUUGGUCUUUUGGUUCUCAUUGUAUUCCCUUUCCUUACCGCUUUUGCCAUUCCGCUGUUCAUUGUGGCGUAUUUUGUGAAGAGCUAUUACACAUGCGCAGCCCUACAAUUAAAACGCCUGGAUGUUCUUUCGCGAUCCCCGUUGAUCUCCAGUUUGCAAGAAUCCAUGGCCGGCAGUAGUGUUAUUGUCGCUAUGGAGCAGAGUGACCGUUUCAUUUUAGAGAAUCGCAGAAAAAUCGACCAUGCUACCGCUGUUAUCCACUGCAGUAACGCAUCGGUGCAUUGGAUGAUGCUGGUGUUAAUGUUGCUGUGUAACACUCAGACUUUCGCGGCGGCUAUUUUUGCUGUUUACGGACGGGAUUAUUUAGGGUAUGAUGCCAAGCCUGCGUUUGUUGGUCUGGGAUUAAUUGGCGCUAUUUCCCUCACACUGGUGUUUCCCUGGUGGGCGCAGAAUAUGGGCGAUCUGAAGAAUGCAAUGAUUUCCAUAGAGAGAUUGUAUGAGUAUUCCCACACGCCAGUAGAGGCUCCAGCCAUUGUAGCCAAUAAUCGUGCCCCAUCGAAAUGGCCAUACAACGGAAAUAUCGCCUUUGUGGAUUAUCAGACACGCUACCGGGAAGGACUGGAACUGGUGCUGGACGGGGUCACUUGUACUAUCCGCAGUGGAGAAAAGAUUGGCAUUGUUGGCCGCACUGGAUCCGGGAAGAGUACCAUGACCUUAGCGCUGCUGCGCAUGAUUGAACCGGCAGGCGGAUCCGUGUACAUCGACGGCACUGAUAUAUCCACAAUUGGACUGCAAGAUCUGCGUUCGCGCAUCACUAUUGUUCCUCAGGACUCUGUGCUGUUCAGCGGCUCUUUACGAAUGAAUCUGGAUCCGUUUAACCAAAGUACCGAUGAACAAAUCUGGAAAGCAUUGGAGUUAUCGCGGCUAAAAUCGUUUUUCCAAGCUGCCCAACAUGGACUGAAUUUUAAAGUCACCGAAAGUGGUGGAAAUCUGAGUGUUGGACAACGGCAGCUGUUAUGUCUUGCUCGUGCGCUGCUUCGACGAUCAAAAAUUCUUAUUCUGGACGAAGCGACUGCGGCUAUUGACUUCGAAACCGACAGCUUUAUUCAGGAAAUCAUCCGCACGGAAUUUGCGGACUGUACAAUUAUCACUAUUGCCCAUCGCUUGAACACGAUCAUGGACGCAAAUCGUGUGAUGGUGAUGGAGGCUGGACGAAUCAAAGAAUUCGAAGCACCGAAAAAACUCCUAGAAAACCCCAGCAGCCUAUUUUAUAGCCUAGCGGAAGAUGCAAGGCAACACUGAAUUAUUUCUAGCAUUUUUAAUGUUUAGUUUUGCUUGUUUUAUUCUUAUUCAUGGGUGAAAUAUCUGUGGGAUUGCACCGAUGGUCAACAUGAUGCCGGCAUGUACGAUCCAGCGAAUAAA